AGACAGGAGAGAAAGCAUCCCUUAUGGGACGGGUGAUGAGAGUCACCUCCCUGCCAAGAUUCUUUCUUGCCCAAAAAGAUUUUUGUUGGCAAAUGAUAAUAUUUAGCUUCAAAAAUGAGGUUUUGUUUUUUAAAACUGCUGCUGCAUCGUUUUUUUAAAAAAAAGAAAUCCUGGAACCUCUAGGCUGUGGUCUCUUUAACCUUUGGCAUUGACCCCCACCCCCAAAUACUGUGAAGAGAACAGUCUUUUAUCUGGGGGGGGGGGAGCACAACAGCCUCUGAGACCACGGAUAAGAUGGGUAAAAUUGAAAGGAACAAGACUGAAAUCUCAUGACACGGGGCAGAGGAACCCGGAAACAUAAGCUUUUAUUCACCUUUUUUUUUUGGUGGGGGGGGGGUUUCAAAAGUAAAAUUCUAUCUAGUCGUCUUGUGAAAUUUUGGUUGGAAACUUGUUUCAGUUGGGAUUCAGGAGCCUGCCUUUCUUUCUGCCUUUUGGGACAGCUCAGAAACCCCGCGUGGAUGGUGGGAUCGAGCGGCAGGACCCCCCCCCCUUCCCGCUCCGUUUAAUCAGCGGCCGGGAGGCUUUCUGAACAGAGAUCUGACCCACAGAAGCAACGGCUCUUAUCGUCAAAUGAGAGGGGUAGUUGUGGUCAGAAAAUGUGUGCCUGGGAUGCACCAAGUAAAAAGGCCAAUUUAAAAAAUUUUUUUUUUAAGGAGCCGUAGAUUUCCCCCUUAAGAUUAACGCAGGAACGUCGCCUCUGACGCUCGCUGCCGGGCUCUGAUGCCGGGCUUCUCUGUGAACCGCCCCUCGUAAUUCUGGGAUUUCAGAUGGCAGGGAGAGCGUUCAGCUGAAAUAUUUACCUGCUGAUUUGGGGCUCUUCAGCCUAGACUGGCCUUUCUUGUGGGUAAGGGCCAUAUUUACAUUCAAAUCAGCCCGUUAUAAUUACAUUUUAAAUUAUAAUAAAACGACGGUGCCGGGGCUGCAGUCUUCAUGUGCCUUCAUGGUAAGAGGAGCUGCAGUGAAUUGCAUGCCGGUUGCACAGCCCGUCACCCAGACUUGCCUGGGCUCCACGCCAGCGCCCGACAUGCAGGUUCGGACCUGCAGGGACACACACGUGUGUUCCGAAUAUGUCGGGGUCUACGCAUGGCCUCUGUGGAGCCCUCCCUGCCCUGCAAGGAGGAGAAGGGCUUGUGCGGGGAGGUUCCGCCCCUGGCACCGAGGAGACGCUGCCAGAGCUGCGGGCACCCAGUCCCAUCCGAGAAGGCCCUGACUGGGGCCUGGCCGCUGUGCCGUGCCCUGAGCCCCACGCUGGCCUGCAGGCCUUGGGGUGGAGGCUGUUAUCUCCCGGGCGACCAGCUGGGCACAGCAGCGGCCACUUCUGGCCACGGGGAGAUGUGUGUCCGGGUGCGGGUGCCCGCUUCCUCCUGCGGCCCUCCCCCGUCAGGGCCGGCCCCAAAAUGGCCACCCGGUUUUCAGUGGCAUCCCCCGUGCAGCACGGGGACCCUCUCCUCCUGGGGCCAGGCCGUUGGCAGCCGUGCCAAGCGCUUGCCGGAAUGGAAUUCCCGGCGCUCCUGGCUGGGCGCGUGGCAUCGGAAUCCUACCUGCUUUGUCUCUGGCAUCAGCUGGCGAGCUGGUCACGUGGCUGUGUGCGUGAGGCCGGAGCGGGGACCCGAGGGCUCCUCCUGGGUGCGCCUUCCUCGCCCGCUCGCUCCCCGGCGCGCUCACUCUGGGCACGGCCGGCCCUGAAUGGGUAUAAAGCGGUAUUAAAACCUCCUGGGAGCCUGGCCCGAGGGGUCCAGGCCGUUCGUACCUCCCUCCAGUUGUCACCGACAGCCACGGUCACUCUGCGCCAUCCCCUCCGCCCGGCACAGAGCUGGCCCUGCCCGCCCAGGGGCCCCACGCUGGCAGCUUGCGGCUCACCCUGCGUGGAGCCGGCCCAGUGGUCAUCCCUCAGCUCCCGGCCACAUAAAGGGCCCAAGGAGAGACCUGGGCAGACGGGUUGGCUACGUAGACGCAGCCCAGGUGCCUGCAACAAAGGGCGGCUGAGUGCGAUAAAUCUCCAAAGGAGAGCGCCCGCCUUCCAACUCAAGUUCACCGUCCAGCCCGAGGGCCCGAGCACAGCACGGUCCCCUUUUCCCGUUGUGGGGGCCGGUUUUAAUCUUGGUGAAACCGAAGGAGUUGAGACUAUGGUGACACAUGGGGAGAGGCUGCGGUGACGCGCCUGGCCCCCCCAGGGUCGCCUGGCCGCCUUUCGGCCCCUCCUGAAGGUGACCAUCUAUCGGGCGCCGGGCUCAGCACCUUGCCUGUAUUUUUCAGUCUGUCCGCCCAGCGGCCCUGGUGGUCGGAGCCAUUCCUCCUGGUCUUAACACAGACGGGGAAACUGAGGCCAGGAGAGGCGGUGUGGUUUGCCCAGGUUAGGCGGCUGGUCGAACACAAGGCCGGAAUGAAACUCCCGGGGCAUCCGUUAGAUGGGCUCCCGUGGCGGGCCCGGGCUGUUGGGGUGGGGUUGGGGAGCACAGCUGGGAGCACCCCGACUGUCGGCCCCCCGCUGCUCCGCAGGACCGAGCGUGGAAACAAUGCGGCCUCUAUUCCUGAGCAGCCUGCCCAGUGGGCCGCCCUAACAUGGCGCCGGGCCCCGAGGCCUGGC